AUGGCUCUAUCAGUGCUCCUGCUACUCCUCGGCCUGCUGAGCUCUUCCUCCUCCUCCUUCUCCUCCUCCUCCUCCUCCAUGCUGCCUCCUCCACGGACCUCCUUCAGCCUCCACUCUGCAGAACGGCGGCUCCUCUUCCGUCUCCCUGACGUCCACAACUACACCACACUGUUGCUCGGCAACGAUGGUUCCACCCUGUUCGUGGGCGCCCGGGACGCCGUGCUGUCAUUGGACAUCAGUCAGCAUGAUGUCAUCACCCUGAAGAAAAAGGUGGAGUGGAGUCCGUCUAGCGAUGACAUUAAUGACUGUCAAAGUAAAGGGAAGAACCAAACGGUCGACUGUCCAAACUUCAUCCACGUGUUGCAGCAGAUAAACUCCUCACAUCUGUACGCCUGCGGGAGCUUCGCCUACAGCCCCCAUGAUGCCUUCAUCGACACUGAGACUUUCUCCCUCGUCCAAAGCCACAGCGCUAAAAAUCGCUGCCCGUUCAACCCGUUCCAGAGGAACUCCGCCAUCACCAUCGGUGGCGAGCUGUUCACCGCCACCACCACCGACUUCAGAGGAGUCAAACCUCAGAUUUCUCGUCACUUCAGCAAAGAUGGCCGCCCAGACAUCAGCCAGGACACGUCUGUCAACUUAUUGGAAGAGCCGACCUUCGUCAGCACGUCGUUGGACCCUGAAGACGGGAAACUCUACUUCUUCUUUAGUGAAGUUGGGAACGAGUUCAGCUUCACUGAUGAGCUGCGAAUCGCUCGAGUGGCCCAAGUCUGCAAGGAUGAUGUCGGAGGAGAGAGGACUCUGCAGAAGAAGUGGACGUCCUUCGCCAAAGCUCCUCUGCUCUGCCAGUUUCCAAAACAGCUUCCCUUCAACAUCCUCCAGGACAUGUUCACCCUCCAGCCAGCAGAGGGCAGCGCUGCCUCAGACACUCUGUUCUACGGCGUCUUCACCUCCCAGUGGUCGUCGGCUCCACAGUCGGCAGUGUGCGUCUUUAAGCUGCAGGACUUCAGGGUCGUGUUUUCUGGGAGCUACAAAACUUUUGACAUGGAGAGCCACCAGUGGAGUCUACAGCAGGGAAAUCACCCGUAUCUGGGAAAGUGUGGACAGGACAGAGAUUCAGACUCUAUCUUAGCAGAAGUGAAGAAGAGUUUCCUGACCAGCGACAGCGUGAAACCAGCCGGAGACGCUCCCAUCUUUGUUUCUUCAGAGCAGAGCUACAGUCGAGUGGCUGCCAUGACGACCAAAGCAGCCAAUGGGAAGGAUUAUACCAUCCUUUUCCUACUGACCGAGUCUGGGUUCCUCCACAAAGUGGCUUUGCUUGAUCAGGGUCCACGGGUCAUUGAGGAGAUUCAGGUCUUUACACAACAUCAGCUUAUUAAAAACAUCGUCCUCUCCUCCCCAAAGGGAGUUCUUUAUGUUGGGACAUCAGAGGGUGUGACGGCCAUCCCCAUCGCCAAAUGCUCCAUCUACCGAAGCUGCUCCCAGUGUGUCCUGGCCAGGGACCCUCUCUGUGGAUGGAGCCACACCAGGAGGCUCUGCACUGCUCCAGACAGCAGUGCUGACUACAUGGUUCAGGUCCUGGACAACGGCAACGUGGAAGAGGAAUGUGAUGAACGGACAGAGGACAGCGUGAACGAAGAAAUCAACGUUAAUUUGAACGAAGUGGUGAUACUCAAUUGUCUGAAACCUUCCAACCUGGCCACCCUCAUCUGGACUUCACCUCAAUUCAAAGUCCUGCCAAAGAAACUCUUCAUCCAAUCGGCUGAGGGCAGUCUGAUCUUCCAUGCCAGCACGACCAGCUUUGGGACCUACCGCUGUGAAGCAGUGGAAAGCGGGCACAAGCAAGUGGUCAAAAGCUAUUAUGUCCGACAGAUUGGUUCUCCACAUCCCAGAAGCCCCCCUCCGGAGGUUGACCAUAUGCCUGACAUCAAAGAAGAGUCUGACGAUGAGAGCAUAAUGACCGAGGAACCGAUUACCUCUGUGAUGACACCUGUAGGAGACCCAGAGGACAACCUGACACAGAACAAAGGCGCUGAAUCCACUGUGACCAAAGACAAGGCCAAAACUAACAAUGAAGAGCCUACAAUUAAAAACACGUCUCAUGGUGGUGGUUUGGACUCUACAAGAGAUGUUCAGUCCUGGAAGGAACCGCUCAAUGCUCCAACAAAGAGCUACUACAGUGAGCUGGUUGUUGUUUCUCUCCUGCUGGCAGCCUGCAUUUUGAUCCUGAUGCUUGCCGGGCUCCACGUGUGGCGCCAGAGGCAGAAAAACCCUAAACUGGAAGGUCUCAGCAGUCCAGAGGAUGGAGGCAAGGUGAAUAAAAGUAUGGAGACUGUUCCAGCUCUGAGCUGUGCAGAGGAUGCUGGACCUGAGCUGAGGGUGUAGUAAUGCGGUUUUAAUGAUGGACAUCUUCAAUUCAAUAUUUACUGGUUCAGCUAAAAAGAAACAAAGAGAGCUUGUGUCAUGAUAUUUGAAGACACUGUCCAGAACAAACAGAUCCAGGAUGAGUUUAGUCGACUUUACCACAGACUGGAAAUGAGAGGAAAGUCUGAUUCAAAGUAAAACUCUAGCAGUUUGA